AUGGGGCUUUUUGGUUUAGUUUGUCUCUUUGCUCAUUUUGCUCCUCUGUAUCUUGGAGCUCCUCUGCUGCAGGUUGAACAAGGAGAUGUAACAUCACAUCAGAGUAAAAAACUCCAGGAUGACAUGCUACUGGCAGUUAAAUACAUCGAACGAUUCUACAGUUUUCAGACCGGUCCACCUGGACAUAGGAAAAGAAGUCAUCCUUUUUUUUCCUCUAAACUGAAGGAUAUGCAAAGCUUUUUUGGACUUAAUCAGACAGGCAUCCUGGACACUGAGACACUGUCUAUAAUAAAGACUCCCAGGUGUGGUGUUCCUGAUGUUGAAGAAUAUGUUUACAAUCGAGGCAACAGAUGGAAGAAAAAUGUGAUAUCUUACAGUAUUGGGAAGUACACCAGUGACCUACCUAUUGCUACAGUAGACUCCUUGAUUGGAGCAGCUCUGGAUGUGUGGGCAAAGGCCAGCCCUUUACGAUUCUUCAGAUCUUCCUCUCAGCAAGCUGACAUCAUGGUGGAGUUUGGCUCCAAAUACCAUGGAGACAACUACCCCUUUGAUGGUCCUAAGGGCACACUAGCUCAUGCUUUUGACCCUGAGGGCAUUGGGGGAGAUGUUCACUUUGAUGAUGAUGAACUUUGGACGGCAGAUUCCAGAGGAUUUAACCUGUAUUUGGUUGCAGCACAUGAGUUUGGACACGCCCUGGGUUUGAAACAUUCUCAAAACCCACAGUCCCUCAUGUAUCCCACAUACAGAAAUCGACAAUCACAAAACUUGCUUUCCAGCGAUGAUAUUAUGAACAUCAACGCACUGUAUGGGCCGAGUGUUACAUCUCCUUAUUUCUCAAGCCUAAACUGGAACUUUCCAUUCAACCGUUGGUACACUAGCUUUUUGUAUCCAAGGGCAAUAAAAGACAAAUGUGAUCCUGAUCUGUCUUUUGACUCUGUUACUAAUGUAGGGGCAUCCAUUUUAUUUUUCAAAGACCGGUAUUUGUGGAUCAGGCAUAAUAGGAAACACAUCAGAGAGGGUCCCAUCAAUAGCUUCUUACCAAAAAUCAAUUCAACUAUUGAUGCUGCCUACUGGUUUCCACAAACCUCCAUGACCUUCCUUUUCACUGGUUCCAGUUACUGGACUGUGAAAGACUUUGGGAGGAAAAGCUGGCGUAAAAAAAUCAGCAGCUUCGGUUUCCCAGCUUCAGUACACCACAUCGAUGCUGCAGUCCACAUUCCCAAAAAUCACACCUUAUUCUUUACUCAGGAUCAGUACUGGAGAUACAAUGAGGAAAAGAAAGCCUUGGAAGAAUCUAACCCACGCAUCAUCUCAACUGAUUUCCCAGGCAUUAAGUCACCCAUCAGUGCAGCUGUUUAUAAGGAUGGUUUUCUUCAUUUCUUUGUUGGAGCUGAAGUGUACAAAUACGAUGUAAUGGUGAAGAAGGUUAUUUUGAUUAAAAAAGCUAAUUCUUGGCUUGGAUGUUAACAAAGACUUACAUUUGAUUUGUUUGAAGUUAUAGGCUCACACAGUGUAAUUGUAUGAAAGUACAAUGUAUUCUAUCCCCAUAAUUAUACAGAAUGUCAGAAAAUCAGGUUACAUCUGCAUCUACUGGACAGGGUUUUUUUUUUAUUAUUGUCUUUGUAGAAAUUUAGGAAUAUUUAGAAAUAGUACAAUAAUUUAUUAUGCUAUAUUUGUGUGAACACUAAAUUUGUUUAAAACAACCAAUGUCAUUUGUUAAGUUUCUGUACAAUUAGCACAGUUUUAUAGACACUUCUGUUUAAAGGUAGAACCUGCUUGAAUAAUGUUAGAUUGUUAAAUUCUGCUCAGCACUGUGUAAUUAACGGCCAUCAAGAUAUUAAUGCCAGCUUGUAUAACACUAUGAAUAUCAGUGGCGGGCUGUGCAUUUGGUACCUGGGCCUUCAGUGGGGACUUACCCAAAUUAUUCCACC